GUAGUUUUUUACACGAGUGAAACCCGAAAUAUCUCUUUUUAUCAAAAUGAAUCAUCGUGAAAGCAUAAAAUCUAUUUUGUAUAUUUUUUAGAAUGUUUUCCAAAAUAUGGGCUUUUAAGAGUUUUAGAUCUAAAAUUGAGUUAUAUUUUAUUUAAAGCCUUUUAGUAUUUGAAGUAUGAUAGUGUCAUUUGCACCUUCGAUUGGCAUUAAGAUUAAGUGGUAAUAAAAUCUUAUUUCACGAAUUGGCAAUCUCGAUAUAAGUACAUUUACUACCAAACAUCGACCUCGACUAUAAUCUCCACAGUCAUUCGAACAAAUGGAUUUCGAUAAGUUCGCCCACUACCCAUACACGUGAUUUUCGCAACAUUGAUGCACACUAAGUCUUAUAAAAAUUUGUAAGAGAAUAUGAAAAAUAAAUUAUUCUUGCUUAAACUGAAUAAAUAUACUUUAAUUUUUUUAUCAUCAAACUACAACUAUUUAAAUUGUAUUCCAAAUUAAUCUUUGUGUCGAUAUUCUCAAUAAGCUUUAAAGGAUGAACAAAAUCUUUCGAACAUUUAAUUGGAACAUUGUAUUUUGAGAUUCAACAGCGGCUACCUAAAUUUUAAGAAGACUGUAUCAAAAAAUUAUGAAAGAAAAAAUGUUAAAACAAGAACUUCCGAUUUUAAGAACUACAAUCGGCUCAAUAGCGGGUUUCAUGGAGGGUCACGAAAUUAUGGAUUAUCAUGACCCGCUGGAUCAUAUUAGAUUAAAAUGAUCCCAAUGAUGCAAUUUGCAAUCUCGACACACUGGAACGUUUUUUCUCUGAUCAUUAAGCAUAAAUGACUUCAUCCAAUCAAUUCAAUGAAUUUAAAUUUUAUUCUCGUUUGGAAGUCUCUUCCAAGGUUAUAAACGACAGUCAUCAGCGAAAACGGUCUUUGAAAAAUAGUCAACGAUCAUGUGCAACUUACGAGGGGUCUUGGUAGUUUGCUGCCUUGUUUUAAACAUCGUAGAUUCUAUGAUUUUUCCUCUAAUUCCUAAAUUAGCCUCUAAUUUGGAUGCUAAAUCUCUCAGUGAUCCAGUAAAUUUUGCGAAGGAGUACACAUUUAAUCUUGGUCAAGUAUCCAAAGAUGAAACGGGAAAUUUCCCUCUGAUUGGAAAUUCUCUUGUAUCUACUACCAAUUCCGACCCCGUUGACGAUAAAAUUAUUUCAGGAAGUUUUGGGAUUGAAGUACCGAAUGUUCUAAGGACGGGUUCACAAAACGAAAUCGAAAUACCAUCCCCUUUUAAUUUGGGUUUACUGCCGAGCAAAUCUGCACAAAAUCAACAUUUUAAAGAGCCGACACCAGAAGUCAGGUCGAAUUUGAAUAAUUUUGAAUAUCAGUCUGGAAAUAUGCCUGACUCGCAACUUCUGUCUAAUGGACCAGUACCAUCUCCUCAAAGUUCUAAUAGAUUUGACUAUCAUUCUGGAAAUGUUCCUAAUCCUCAAUCUCUUCCUAAUGGGCCACCAUUAUCUCGUCAAUUCGGAUCCGUAGAAAUAAAAAAUAAUUCAGAGAAAAUUCCCGCAUCAUCUUUCACUUCAAAGGGAUCCUCAUGUAGCCCUGGAAAAGAGCCAAUAGGGGAUGAAGCCAAGAAAUUGAGAAAUGAACCCCAUUCAACCUUUUCUACUGCAAGAUUUUUAAAUUUGAACACUUGGCCUAAAGGACCAGUUGCUUCUCUGGCACUUAGUGGAGAUAUUUAUUUAAAUAGUGAUAGUUUUAUCAGCAAAUCUUAAUUUAUAUCAAUUUUAAUAAAAUAUUAUGUGCUAGAAAUUUAAGAUUUAAAAUCAGGGAUUUGAACGAAAUUAAAGAGCAUUUUAUUAUAUUUGACAAUUAUUUCUGUAAACUCAAUAUAAUUUACCUGAAAACUAUGCUAAUUAUGAAAAAAUACUUUAAAAAUAAUCCAGUUACGGAGUCACAAUGUCGAAAUUGUGUUUCUUAAAAGUUUCUUUCCAUUCUUUUCUACAUACAAUAUAAUUACCAUAUCAUUUUGACAUUAGACUGAGCUGAGUUUUUAGCUAAAUUAUUCUUAAUUUAUGGAAAUAAUUUGAAAAUAUCUAAAACUGCCCCUUAAUUUUGUUCGAAUUCCUGUUUAAAGUGAAGAACAUUUACUUAAAAUUUCUUAUGUCUCCAAAAACCUAAUAAUUAAAAAACAUUAUUAUUAUUCUGAAAAAGUCAGUAUUUUUAGGCAUUAGUGUUUUUUGGUUCUUAAGCUUUGGGGUCCAUGAGUAAUGGAGAAUAUUUAAAUUUUCAUCAGACAUUUCUGAUUUAUAUAGGUGGUCUUUUUAGGGUUUUAUUCUAUAAAGCAAUAGAAAACAAAUAAAACAUUGUCUUUAAACAAAUUUAAAUUGUUUUUAGUUUUUCUCUAGACUUACCUCCUCCCUCUACCCUUCACCGUUACUAAUUUCGGCAAUGGCGAAAGACAUGCAUUCAUGGCAGAGGUACCAACCUUGAGAAUUUUCAGUAGAUGGGUUUUCCCUUCUUCUUAUAAUUAGUUUUAAUAUUAAAAUCUUCGGUGCUGGCUUUUUAAUUUUUAUUUCCCUUAUCUUACAAAAAUGUUAAUAUAAAAAAUUCAUAAA